UUUGCAAGUGAUUACUUUUAUGCGGUUUCUGUGAGUAAAAAAACACAGUUCAAUCUAACAUGAAUUACUGAUGAACUGGUCUUGCUGGAAGAUUUACGCAUCAAAAAUGAAGUUCGUCUAUGCUGUGAGCAUCUGGAUUUGUCUGUCAGGGUUUGGACAUUCAGCGGCUGAUGAGAUUAUCAUAAAGAAUCGUGAAGGAGAUCAAGUCACAAUUACCUGUACUCAUCUUUGGGCUUCAGAUAACAAGAAGUAUUUCUGCAGAGAUCCAUGUAAUGAUGAAGAUAUUCUAGUAUCAUCUGAUUGGUCACCUAACAGGAGAUUUAGACUGAAGGAUUUUGGGACAGGGACGUUCACAGUGACCAUCACUGAUCUACAGGAGUCAGACUCUGGGAUUUACUGGUGUGGAGUGAACAGAUUGGUUCAAGACACAUAUCAUAAGGUCAAUCUGAGAGUUUAUAAAGUUUUUCCACAGAAAACUUCAUAUAUACAGAAUCUCUUUGACCAGCUAGAGAAAAUUACAGUUCUCGAUUUAACGAAUGUUACCAUGGACAUGGACAAGGUUUUCAGCACUUCAGAGAAGAUAAACACAUCAUCAGUUGACCCAAAGAAACUAGCAUCAGAUGUGUUAAAAGUCAGUGAGAAGCUCGUGUCAACGUUGGUGAAGCCAACAAACACCUAUGACAAUGUCAGUUUCACUCGUGCAGCUGUGGAGGCGCAAGUGUUUGUGGUUGGACCACAGGCCAACCUUGAUAAAAUCCCUCAGCUCAACACAUCAAAUGCUUCUAUAGACAUUGAUCUUAUUGGGAUCGCCAGGAACAAAUUGAAUUCAGGAUUAGCUGCUGUGGCUUUUAUGAGCUACAACACAAUGGUGGACCUAUUGAAACCAGACUUCUUUAACACAUCAGAUAACACAGUUAAAACCAUGAUGUCCACUGUCAUCUCAGCUACUCUUCCUAAAACCAUCAACACAACCCUCACCAAACCAGUCAACUUCACCCUCAAACACAUCAAAGAGAUAAACGACAGUGGUAAUCUUUCCUGUGUGUACUGGAACAUCAGUGAGUGGAUUGUAGAUGGUUGUUCUGUUGUAAAGACCAACAGCAACUUCACUGUGUGUUCAUGUCUUCAUCUGUCAACAUUCGCUCUUAUCAUGCAAACCAGCAGCAGAUCAUCAGAGGUUAAAAGUCAGCCGAUGGACUCGAUGAAUGUGGUGUUUGUUAUCGUGGGUCUGGUGUUUACUAGUUUGGCUCUGUUGACUUUUGCUUUCUGUCGAUGGAAACCUGGAGUGAACAAUGUAGCUCGAAUCAACCUCUGCAUCAGUCUGCUGUCUGCUCAUCUUCUGUUCUUACUCACACAACGCUUCCUGACUUUCAUAAAACCUCACAAGGAGUUGUGUGCUGUGAUAUCAGGAGCUCUUCACUUCUUCUUUCUCUCCUGCUUUAUGUGGAUGUUCAUUGAAGCUGUGCUGCUCUUCAUCUGUGUGAAAAACCUACCACAGAUCAGCUCCAGACAGAGGGCGAUACUUCACAAGGGAUUCUUGAUUGUGAUUGGUUAUGCAAUUGAUUUUGUUAUAGUAGGCGUGUCUGCUGGACUGGUUCCUGAAGGCUACGGCAGUGAAAAAUGCUGGAUUAAACAGGAGAAAGGCUUCAUCUGGAGUUUUCUGGGACCUGUUUGCUUCAUUCUUGCAAUAAACACAAUUAUCUUCAUCAGUAUCUUCAUCAGUCUGAGCUUAACUCUCAAAAACCUCAACCUUGACGUUUCACACAUGAGACAAACCAAGAUUACGGUUUUUAAAACUCUAGCCCAGUUUGUGAUUUUUGGUUGUCCCUGGACUCUGGGUUUAUUCAUUAAUAACAGUAAGAUGAUCGAGAUUCUCUUUCUGACCCUGAACUCACAGCAAGGGACCUUCAUCUUCCUGGUCUACUGUGUUCUCAAUAAUGAGGUUAGAGAGCAGUAUGUGAAGUGGAUGAGAGCUGUCUUUCUCGGGCUCAAACCAAAGACCUUAUUAGAUACCCCCAUCCAAAAAAACUAAGGCCCAGAUAAAUCAUGUUAAGAAAAUUGUAAUGUGUGUGUGUGUUUUAUUUUCAGAGGGCAAACAUACUGUGCAUAUAAUCACAUUAAUUUGUGUUGUUUUUCAUAUUUUAUUUACACAUUAAUCAUUUUUAUAUCUCUUUUAUAAACUCCUUUAUUAUGUGGCAUGGUACCAUAAUGUAAUUAAUUUUCCAUUAACUAUGCAUGGUUUAUUUAGCAAAAUUAUUCUGUAUUUUGUCAGUUUUUUAAUUCUUCUAGAUAGCUUAAGGACCUGUUAUUGCAUUGCUUGACCAGAUGCACACUGUGAUUUAGUAGAACCAUAGGUGAACGAAUAGUAUUUCCGAAAACUCUGUAUAUGUAAAAGGGUAGACGAGAAUUACCCUGAUUUUGGACUAUUUCUCAUGAGAUUCAACGGGCAUGUGUACCUAAGUAGCAUUCAAAACCGCCUAUUUACCUACAAUAUAGUAGGAGAAAAGUAUGCGAACACAGUAAUAUGUCCAAAUCCACAGUAUUCAUAAAAUCAGUAGGCGAGUAAAUCCCUGGAUGCCCUACUGAGUCCGCCCAGAUUCUGAAGCAAGCAUUGAUGACCAAUUAUCUAUCCUAGCUUUCCCAGGAUGCCACGGGAAAGCAAAGCAAUCGUCAUUUUGACCGGACACCAGCCAAAUGGGUGAUUCGGAUACACAGGGCUCUUCUUCAGCACCCUGACUUCACGCAUAGACCCAGGAUAACCCACAAAGUGCUCAGCUGAUUAAGCAAAAUAAUGCUGCAGAAUUGAGCUGUGUUGAGAUGGCAGUAAAUACCGGCAUG